AUGAGAGCCCCCGCUACAGCGAGGCUACAUUUUCGCCCAUCAUCGAAUAACGCAAGUAGCGUUUCAUCUCCGAUUUCUUCAGAGACAGCUCAAUUCCACCAAAAGUUGGUUCUAAAUAAUGGUCGUACCCUUGGGUAUGCAGAAUACGGCAAUCCUACCGAUUACCCUCUCCUCUAUUUUCACGGCUACCCAUCUUCACGCCUAGAGGGCUGGGGCUUCAAUAAAUUGCCCGAAAUCCAUGGCUUCCGUCUCAUUGUCCCAGAUCGGCCAGGAUUCGGACUUUCCAGCUACCACCACAACCGUCAAAUACUGGACUGGCCAGCCGACGUCGAAGCUCUCGUAUCACAUUUGGGUCUGUCGCGAUUCGCGAUCUUAGGCUGUUCAGGAGGUGGUCCAUAUGCAAUCGCAUGUGCUUACUUGUUACCUGCACAUAUGCUAUCGGCGGUGGGAGUUGUGGCAGGAGCACCUCCAUGGGUAGCGGGGACAAAAGAUGUGACUGUAAGCAGGAAACUUCUGUCCUGCGCAGCGACCUAUUGCCCAGAAAGGUUAGAAAUGGUAUUGAAUCCACUUUGCGUUGCGCUUCGGUGGAUUGCAGAGUCGGGUCCAGUUUCAAAGUGGCUGGAUAAUUGGAUCGAUGGCAUGAAGCGUGAGAAAAGGGCGAACGGACAGCAGGAUGCGAAAGCUGAGAGCUUGUCGACAGAAGAAGCUAGAAGACGCAUGCUAAGCACUUCUUUCGAGGCCUUUGCUCAAGGAUCUGGCGCAGCUGUACAGGAGGCACGUUUGCUGUCUCAGGAUUGGGGGUUCCGGUUUCAGGAUGUGUCUUAUAGCGGGAUUCGGAUUUGGCAUGGUACGAAGGAUGUCAAUGCACCGAUUGAGAUGGUGCGCUAUAUGGUCAAGCGGCUUUCACAGCCUGUCUUCCACGAGCUUAAAGAAGACCACUACACGAUGGGCCAUCAUCUGGAGGCCGCAAUAAUUGACUUGAUCGGUGAUAAAACAGUAAAGGAUACUGACGGGCAUUGUUGA